UAGAAUUUAAAUUUUUUAGAAAGACACAAACAAACACACAAACAAACAAACAAACAAACAAACAAACAAACAAACAAACAAAUAAACAAACAAGCACACAGCCCACCAGGCGAGACCCUGAUCCUCGGCAGCGCUGCUCUUCAGAAUUCUGAGCUUGUCCAUGUGACCCGCUCCGUGGCGUAACGAGUCCAUCAAGCUAUGGAGAUCUGAAGAGAGGAACUGGUGUGUGCAAGAAGCCCUGAGUGCAUCUUAGAGCUCCGUCAUCCUCCUGAUGAAUUAUUCCUUUUGAGAAAAGGCCGACAGAUGAUGCCACGUCCACCAAGCCACUGACUCGCUGAAAGCUUCGGAAAAAUUUGAAAAAAAAGAUGAACAUCUCCAGGACCACCACGAUCAGCCCCUCUGUGUGGAGCAUCACAGCUAACUCCGAUAGAGAGGUCUUUUCCUGGAACAUCUCCGAAGCCCCACCAAAUCGGACAAAAUCCAAAGUCUGUGAGCAGCUGAACAUCACCCCGGAGGUUUUCCUCAUUCUGGGCAUCAUUAGCUUGUUGGAGAACAUCCUGGUCAUCUGUGCCAUAGUGAAGAACAAGAACCUGCACUCUCCCAUGUACUUCUUCGUGUGUAGUCUGGCCGUGGCAGACAUGUUGGUGAGCGUGUCAAACGCGUGGGAGACCAUCGUCAUCUACCUGCUCAGCAACCAACAGCUGGUGGCUGAAGACCACAUCAUCAGACAAAUCGACAAUGUGUUCGACUCUAUGAUCUGCAUCUCGGUGGUGGCGUCCAUGUGCAGCCUCCUGGCCAUCGCUGUGGACCGCUACGUCACCACGUUCUACGCGCUGCGCUAUCACAACAUCAUGACGGUCAAGCGCGCGUCGCUGAUCAUCAGUGGGAUCUGGACCUUCUGCACGGGAUGCGGCAUCGUGUUCAUCAUCUACUCCGACAGCACGCUGGUGGUCGUGUGCCUGGUGUCCAUGUUCUUCAUCAUGCUGGCCCUCAUGGCCUCACUCUACACGCACAUGUUCAUGCUAGCUCGCUCGCACGUCAAGCGCAUCGCCGCCCUGCCCGGCUACAACUCCAUCCACCAGAGGACUAACAUGAAAGCGGCUGUCACGCUCACCAUCCUGCUCGGGAUCUUCAUCGUGUGCUGGGCACCAUUCUUCCUCCACCUCAUCCUCAUGAUUUCCUGCCCGAGGAACCUGUACUGCAUGUGCUUUAUGUCCCACUUCAACAUGUACCUCAUCCUGAUCAUGUGCAACUCGGUCGUCGACCCGCUCAUCUACGCCUUCAGGAGCCAGGAGAUGCGCAAGACACUCAAGGAGAUCAUCUGCUGCUACAGCCUGAGGAAUGUCCUGAGAUGGUCGAACUGAAUCUGUGUGUGUGUGUGUGUGUGUGUGUGUGUGUGUGUGUGUGUGUGUGUGUGUCAUCCAGCUAGCUGUAGGCAUUGUAGUGUAAAUAUGUUAUAAUACAGUUCAGUUGUGUUGUGCUCACUUGUACCGAUGGUUCUCGAGUUACAAUUUGAUUUGAGUAAAUAUCAUGAGAAAGGAUCACGAGAAAAUUAAGUUGUGAUUACGAGAAAACAAUAAAAAAAAAGGCCUUAGGA